CUUCAAAAAAGUCUAAGAAAUUUCCAACUCCUAGGUAGCCUCUAUUCUUCUUUUCAUGAGGUAAUUUGGCAGCGGGAGGCAAAAACGGUAUAGGUUCGCGUGGAGCAAAUAGGGCUAGGAGAUUUGGAGGUAAAAACUGAGUCAUUAUGAAAUGUCUUUCGAAUUACGAAUAAGACACAUUCAAAUUAAAAACUUAUCAAUUGUCUUCACAUCGGCACUAAAAAAACAAACACAUAUCACGCGAACUCUCACCAAGCCAUGAAACUACAGGCGUACACAGACAAUAUGGCAGCUAUAGGCACAUACACUGCCAAUGUUUACCAAAGUUAUAAUAAAAAUUAAUUUGAAUUUUAAAAUAAAAAACAAUUUAAUUAUGAUCAAAUAUAAUUUUUAAAAUGUUUGAAAAAUAAUCUUCAACUAUUUCAAUGAAGUGAAUUAUUAAAAUGUAUAAUAGAGAAAAUGAUUGAUUUUCUAUUCACUUAAUCUGAUAUUUUUGCUGAAAACGAGAAGUAGUCAGAUAUUUUUUUAACGAACUUAUUUAAAGUAGGUACUAUCUCAGUAAUUAUGCAUGGGAGGGAUGUGAUCAUUUUCUAGUUCACAAUUCAGUCUAGGUUGCAGCCACAUCAUCACCACCUUUCGCCCCUUGGCACGUUUGAAGUCAGUCCAAUGAGGUGUUCGUUAAUAUGAAAACGUGUUGUUUGUUCUACAUUUUUGAUUCUGAACGAUCCAUUUUAUAAAAAGAAUUAGACAGCAAAUUUAAGCGAAAAUAGGACAUCUUCGUUUACAAUUUUUGUGAAAUCUUUCCAAUAAUCAAUUACAAUGAGUGCUCCCCAACAACCACAAACUGAACAACAACCUCCCACUUUAAAUAGGGGAAUUGUAAAACAAGUUUUAUCUGGAGAUACGGUAGUCAUCAGAGGGGUUCCCAAAGGUGGACCUCCUCCUGAAAAAACUUUGAGUUUAACAUCUUUGAUUGCUCCCAAACUUGCUAAAAGACCUCAAGCUCCUGGCCCAAACCCUGAUGAAGAUGAACCUUAUGCUUGGGAAGCCAGAGAAUUCUUGAGGAAAAAACUGAUUGGACAGUAUGUCCUCUUUACGACACCUAAAGAGAAAGCUGCCAAUCAAACCAGAGACUAUGGGACCCUGUAUUUCGAUCCUCCAAGUGGACCCAGAGAAAAUAUAAAUGAAUUAUUAGUGAAAGAAGGCCUAGUUACUGUCAGGACCAUUGCUGGAAGUAAAGAUCCUGUUCUCCAACAUUUAACAGAAUUACAGGAGCAAGCAAAAGCAGCCAAAAAAGGAAAAUGGGCUGAUGACGCAAGCAGCCAUGUGAGACAGAUAAAAUGGUCAGUGGAAUCAGAUAAAAUGAUGAACUUUGUCGACAAGGCAGAAGGGAAACCGUUAAAAGCCAUUAUUGAGCAUGUCAGAGAUGGAUCUACUGUGAGAGCAUUUUUAUUGCCGGACUUCACUUAUGUCACUUUAAUGAUGUCUGGAAUCAGGUGUCCUGGUUUCAAACUUGAUAGUGAUGGCAAACCUGAUCUUAAUAUCAAAGUUGACUAUGCUGAUGAAGCAAAGUAUUUUACUGAAACAAGAUUGCUUCAUCAAGAUGUUGAAAUAGUUUUGGACUCAGUUAACAACAAUAACUUUGUUGGGACGAUCAUACAUCCUAAAGGCAGUAUUGCAGAAGAAUUACUUAAAGUAGGCUAUGCUCACUGCGUUGAUUGGUCAAUAUCUAAGAUGAAAAAAGCAGAUGCUGAUAAACUGCGUCAAGCUGAAAAAAUGGCGAAAGAAAAACGACUCAGGAUUUGGAAGGAUUGGACUCCUCCUCCUGUGAUUAGUGACCGUGAAUUUUCUGGUACAGUAAUAGAGGUUGUGAACGGUGAUGCUCUUAUGGUGAAACUUCCCAAUGGAACUGUGAAAAAGAUAUUUUUAGCCAGUAUUAGACCUCCUAGAGAAACGAACGUUGCUCCCGAGGAGAGAAGUGCAGAAAGACCACGUGGAGGAAGAGUUCGCCCGCUAUAUGACAUCCCAUGGAUGUUUGAAGCAAGAGAAUUCCUGAGGAAGAAGCUCAUUGGGAAAAAAGUGAAUGUGACUGUGGAUUAUAUCCAGCCCGCAAGAGACACUCUCCCCGAAAAAAUAUGUUGUACUGUAACCAUUUCUAGUGUAAAUGUUGCUGAAGCAAUGGUCAGUAAAGGACUCGCUACAGUUGUGCGUUACAGACAAAACGAUGAUCAAAGAGCUUCAGCAUAUGAUGCACUUCUUGCUGCCGAAAACAAAGCAGCUAAGAGUUUGAAAGGUGUUCAUGCCAAAAAGGACAUACCUGUACAUAGGGUUAAUGAUAUUACUUCCGAUCCUUCCAAGGCUAAAAAUUUACUCCCGCAUAUAUCGAGGUAUUCACGGAUCGAAGCUUUAGUAGAGUUUGUGGUUAAUGGUUCGAGGAUGAGGUUGUAUGUUCCGAAGGAUUCUCAUCUCAUUACGUUUCUUUUAUCAGGAAUUGAAGUUCGAUGUGAUAAAAAUGCUGCAGUUAAUACUGAAGAGGCUGCAUUACAAUUCACCAGGGAAAGGUGUAUGCAAAGAGAGGUUGAAAUUCAAGUUGAAGGUAUUGACAGAAAUGGGAAUUUCAUUGGUUGGUUGUGGGUUGAUAAUGUUAAUUUGUCAGUUGCUCUGGUAGAAGCUGGUCUCGCCAGGAUACACUCAUCUGGUGAAAACUCAAGAUAUGCUAAGGAUCUUUACAAUGCAAAAAAUACAGCCAAGGCAAAUGGAGUUUGGAAAUAUGAAGAAAAGGAAGAAAAACCUGACACUAUAGAAGAAGACAAAACCGUUGACAGAAAAACUGACUAUAAAGAGGUGUAUGUUGUUGAAGUUUCUGAAAUUGGAUUCUAUGUCCAAUAUGAUUCAAUGGGAAGUAAAUUAAACUCACUUCAAGCAAAAAUGGCUCAAGAAAUGGGAGCUAAUCCUCCUCUACCUGGAGCUUAUUCUCCUAAAAAAGGUGACCUUUGUGCUGCCAAGUAUCCAUUAGAUAACAUGUGGUACCGAGCAAAGGUGGAAAAAGUGACUGGCUCAGGGAAGGCUAGCGUCUUUUACAUCGAUUACGGCAACAGGGCAGAAGUGCAGACGACACAAUGUGCACCACUUCCUCCUGGUCUUGAUAUUAACACAGACAAGCCUUAUGCCCAUCAUUACACUCUGGCCUUCGUCUCUCUUCCUAAUGAGCCCGAGGAUAAAAAAGCAGCAGAAAAUGAGUUUAGGUUAUGUGUCUUAGACAGAAAUCUCUUGAUGAAUUAUGAAUAUGAACAAAAUGGAAUUAGACACGUGACAUUAUUGGACCCAGAAAUGGACAAAGAUAAAGACAAACAGGACAUUGGAAAAUCAUUGGUCGCAGAUGGAUUCUUACUUGUUUCUAAACGCAGGGAAAGAAGAUUUGAAAAGCUUAUGAGUGAUUAUCUGGCGGCUGAGGAUGAAGCCAAAAAGAAACAUUUAGGAAUUUGGCAGUAUGGUGACAUAAGAGAUGACGACGAUAGAGAAUUUGGAAUGGGUCGCUAAACAUGUGUAUAUAAUAGGAUAAAAAAAUAUUUCAACAGAACACAUUCCCUUCCAAAAAAUGAGGAAUCCUCUUUCAUUAUAAUUUUUAACGGGAAACAGUGUUGUUAGAAAUGAUAACAUCAAUAUUUCUUCAGAGAAGAAAAUAAAGAAAUGAAGGAACUGAGUUUGUCCAGUGGUAAAUCCGUCUUUGAAGAGAAUUUAUUCCUAAUAAAUAAAUGAAACUCAAUUGCCUUUCAGUCUUGACUGAUCUAUGUUUCUUAAAAAGACAUUAACAGUUAUAAGCUUAGAUAAAAACAGAACCGGUACAUAAUUAUAUAUGUAUAUCUAGAUUACUAUUCAAGAACCAAAUGACUUCCAAACUUAAUUCUAAGCAUGUUGGGUAAAUUCAUAGAGACUGAUAUUAUUUAAAUAUGAAUUCUUUAUUUUCAUUUUGAUAAAGAGCAGCAUGCAUACAUUAUGCAAUGCUCAGCUAAUCCAAUUAAUGCAGUGUAAAAUUUGUUAUUCGGUUAAAUUAUAAUGCGGAGUGUGGUUGUGUUGAUAGAAUAAAUAUUGUUGGAAAAGAUAAUUUAUUAUUAUUCACACAUGUAUAAAAAUUUAUAAAGUAAUUCCUAUACUUUAAUUUGUAUAACUUUCUUUGGAUUUCCCACAGGAAACAUUCCAAACAUAAUUGUAUAUUACAGUAUGCUAUAUAAGUCAUGAAUCAAAUAAUACUAUGAGGCCUUGAAUUAUAUAUAUAAAUAUUUUUACAUUUCUUAUUUAAGGUUUUAUAAACUACACUUAUUUACAUUAACAUGUCCUUCUCUGCCAAUGAAGGAACUAUAUGUGAAAAUAUUCGCUUAUCAAAUCCACAUGAAUAGAGCUUGUUGUUUACUGGAUUCCAUGACAAAUCUCUUACAAAUCCUCUAUGCUCGAUAUCUGUAUACCUGUGGGCAAAAAUAGCUUUUAUUCAUAUCCUAGAUAUGAAAGGUAAGUUAUACAUUGUUCGUAGCUUAACAUUACUUACACUAACUCCAAGGUGUUCACAUCCCAAACUUUUAUUACAUUAGAGUUUCCACAUACUGCCAGAAGUCUGAAAUAAUUUAAACAUUUUUAAAAAAAAUUAUAUAAAUACAUAAAGUUAAACUCAACAUGAACCGUGUUUAGAAGAGUGAUACAACUGAACUGGCUAAAUUAAAAACUACAAAGUGAAAAUAUAAUCUCUAAUGCUAUGAUAUUAAUUAACUACCUAAAAGCUAUUCACUCAUAUUUAUAGGAAAGUAUAUUUAUUCAGUGUUAUGUAUGUAAAACUCAGCAUUGUGAUUUAAAAAACUUGUUAAAUAUGGCUGCCAUUAGCACACUUGAUUUUAACAUGGUCUGAUGUAGAGGAGGAUUCUGUUAAAAUGAGCUAUUUUCAUCUGUGUUUAGGGAAGGUCAUCAUAAUGUUUUGUUUUAAGUAAAUUAUAGUUUGGUUGCAAUUAGUCAGCAACCAGAUGAAUUAAUGCAGCCAGCACAAGGUUGAAACUAAUAUUUUGUUUUGCCCUAACUCUCUGACAUUACUUAUAGUAAGUAAUAUUGGAGUUUUAGGGGAGGAUGAAAAAAAAAAAUGUGAGUGAACUAUACUUCUAUUUUGAACAAAAUGGAGUGAUAAGAAAAGGAUUCAGAAAAUGUUUGAUAGAAGACAAAAAAAAAUCUUAUUCAUAAUUAUAGAAAAUCUGGUAAACCCAAGAAUGACACUUACACUAAUUAAACAUUACCCAGCACUGAUGUGUGGCAUAUCCCAAAAUUUAAAUUAUUAUGAAAUUUUAAUACUUUACCCUGGAGGGCAUAAAUUAAAUAAGCUUUAAAAAAUUGUCUAGAUAUUCUGUAUAAAAAUAUUUUUAUAUGUUAUAUUGAUCAUUUCUAUCUUCCUUUUCAUAAAAUAAAUGCUUGACUAGUCCCUACAAUAACUUAAUUUUUCUCCAAUAAUGUUUGAGAUAUUAAUUAAUUACAAAACUGAUAAUCUAUAUGAUUCCUUUGAAGCAGGGAAUAACCUAAUUACUUAAAGUAUAAGCUCAACCACUCCAUUUGUUAAGUGUAACAUUAUGAACUGUUGACAACUAUAAUACAAAUUUAUUGGGUUUAGGACAAAAAAAAAUUAACGAUAGGCAAGGCUUUUUUUGUACACUUCACAAAAAGUGUGGUAAUUUCAAUGUGCUUUCUCACAGAUAUUAACAGGUAUUUAGGGCAAAAUAUAAGAACUGGAGAUAUAAAAUAAAAACGAGGAGUUUUUAUUUAUUUAUUUAUCCCUUAUGGAGCUAUUAAAUCAAAAAGUAAUAAAUAUGAUUUUGAAGAGCAAUAAUUUAGCUUUUCAAGUUAUAGUAACAUAAAUUCUAAACAAAAAACCGAAUCUAAUCACAAAUUAUUUUAAAAAUAAUAAUUCGGAAAUAUCUAAUAACCUUGAAAAACAAAAGUUACUUAGUACCAUACAAUUAGAAAAUAAAAUUGAACAUUGUAACAUUAAAUAUCAUUCAAUUACUUAUAUUAAAGAUCUCAUUAGUAAAAUUCAAAGGACGUUCAAGGAUUAUGAUCUAUCUGAAAUUAAAUUAGGUAAAAAGCCUGUAAAUAAAAUUGAAAAAUUGUAUACCAAUACCAAAGAUAUUAUACCAUGUGACAUGAAAAAUAACCUUAUUUAUACAAUAAAAUGUAAAAAUUGCACUAAUAAAUCUUAUAUAGGACAAACGGGACAAUGGUUCGUAAAACGAAUGAAACAACAUGAACAAAAUCGCAAGUCCAAAUCAAACACUUCAACCGGCCUUUCACAACAUAUAACAAACACCAAUUUGAUUUUAAAAAUGCCAAAAUAAUAUACAAUGAAAGUAGUAACAAUAAAAGAAAGAUUAUAGAGUCUAUAUAUAUUACAAAAAAUUUACAUAAUUCUGUUAAAACCAUACAGAUGUGGACAAUAUAAAUACUUUUUACACAAAUAUAAUUAAUAAAAUUCGUAUAUAAUAAUAUAAUAAUCCACCAAUACAAAUCAUUAGAAGGAAAAUCCCUCUCCUUUUGACUAUCCCCACCAGGACGAUAUAAGUCAGUCCCCCCAGAAAUGACGUGGGCGAAGCCCCUAUAAAAAUUGACAAGUUAAUGUUCACUGAACUUAUUAAUUAGAACAUUAAGGAUGAACAUAUUAGGAGGACUCAUCAAGGUAAUAGUCAUUUGUUUUUAAUUGUUAGAGUUUUAAUGGUUAUAGUUACGUACAUGUAAGGUUUUUUUUAAUAAAAAAUGUAUACUUUAUGUAUAUUUUUAUAUAAAUUUAAGUAUAUCGGAAAUAAUUUGACAUAGAACGUUAGACAAUUCAAUUAAAUGUAAUAAGAAAUUCAUUUCAUAAAUGCUGAAUAUUAACUAAUAAUGUUAUUAUAAUUUUCCAGUUUUGAAAAUGGCCUAAUUUAUUGUUACAAAUAAAAAAAAAAAAUGUGAUUUCCGUUAAAUAAUAUUAGUUUUUACAAAUUAUUAUUUAUAAUUUUUUGUCACUCUCUAUUACGUUUUACGCCUUCCUAUAUUAGAUAUUGUUCUUUCUAAAAUUCUUUGCUUUCCAACGAUAUAUUAUGCGUAUACUUUCUGGCUAUUAUUUCCAGGGAUUCAUUGGUCUCAUAUAUUAGUCGGGCUCCUUCUCAUUAAACAAAGUGGUACUCAGUGAUGAAUUCUACUUUAAUCCAUCUCAUGAGGCAGUAGGUAAUUGUUCUAUGACUGGAGAUUAUAGGCAGUUUUUAAUGAAACCUCCAAUUAAAACGCGUAAGUGGUCAGUAGAGGUGAUGAAAAGUAUUCCGUCCUCGAGGAUGCUCCACCCUUCCCGCUCAUCAUCACUAAAAGGUUAAUAAACUUUUGUUGAAAUAAUGAUUCGGAACCAUAAUAGCAAAUUUGUGCUCACAUCCUCAUAACGUGUGAAAUUCCUUCGCUUUUCCAGGCCCUACAGAAGUUACAUGAAAAUUUGAGAAAACGUGUAAAAAAGAAAAAAGGAUCUUUUGGUUUUCUAUAUUCUAUCUACUACAGAUCAAUGAAUAUCAAAAUUAAAAAUUCUUCCAUUUAGUAGAGUUACAACGCCUUGUUUCCCAUAAAUUCAAUAAUAAAUAAAAUAAUGGCCCAACAUUACUUGGAAAGACAUAAGAUAGACCUGUUUGAUUAGGAUGUGGCAGUAUUUAUAUUUUUAACCAUAUACCAUUUGUUCUUGCAAUAAAUUUUAAGUUAUCAAAACUAGAAAGGCAGCUUUGUUAUAAAACGUAAUUAUUCUUAUGUAUGUUUUGAGUAAUGAGCCAACCUUAACUUAUCAAUGUCAGAUCGAGGAAUUAACAUCAUCAGCCUAGUCGAUAUUCCAUUGUUUUUUCAUUCUAUCAAUCUACAUCAGUUCCAUAGAUAACAUAAGUAAAUGUUCUAUAGCUGAACUACUGUAACAAUUAAAAUAAAUCUGUUUACAGAUUUCUUAAAGUAGUAAUAGAAAAGUCAUGUUCUCAUCCACAAGAGUAUGGCCGACUGAGUAUGAGCUCUGAUGCUCUCAUUCAGUCCCUACUCAAUGACAGUGAGCGUACGAUUGCGGUCUCCGUACCCCAACUCAAUUACUGAGAGCAAGUGCACAUUAAAUUAAAAACUUCAAGACACCAAAAGUAGGAAAAAUGAACAGAAGGAAAUCACAUGUUUUCAAGGAAAUUAAAUGAAAUUUACCAAGAGUAAACUUUUAAAAUUUUUUAGUUUAAAAAAGUAUUUAAAAUCCACGGAGUCAAGGCAAUGAUAUUGUUUAAAAAAAAAUUCAUUGUACUUGCGUGAAAGAAGUGAAAUAUAAAAAUAAUUCAUGGAUGUAUAAAGCACAUGUUUAUAACCUUAAAUAUAUUUACUGUAGUUUAAUAAUCCUAGAUCUGAUAUUAUAUUUAAAUAAUUAAGUAUCAAUGUCUGUUUAUUCUGAAAAACCGUCAUGUAACCUUUUAGAACAUUAAAUUAGAUGAAUUUUCCUAUUGUGAAAUUCCAACAUUAUCCACUUACAACUAAAUCAAAUUAAUUGUGACAAAUUUUGACCUAUCUAUGGCGGGCAAUGAAAAUCUCGUAAUUUUACUGUAGUGAACUUUACAAUGGAAAAUGAGUUUAAUAAUUAAUAUGUGUACAAUCCAUAAUCAUUUAUAGGUUAAAUAUACAGAUAUACUUUCAAAUCUCUCUAGGCAUAUAUACAUAUAGCUCAGAGACUGGAAUUAUGUGGUUUACAGAAAAAGAUGGAGUAAAAAGGUUUUUAUUGCCUACCAUUCAUAUAAUUAAUAGGGCUUUAUGUUACCAGUAAGCUUUAAGCUGUAGCUCUAUUAAAAAAGCACUUCAAAAAUUUUUAUAACAGCCCAACAUUGCCAAAAAAUAAUUUCUAUUCAAAGUAGAGCAGUACGUGAAAGUUGUGUGUUGCGUGCACCAGAUUUUUUUUUAAAUAUUUGUAUACCAAACAAAAGGAUUUUUAGCUUUUUAAGGAGAUUUAAAAGACAGUAUUACAGAUAAUGUUUCUACUGUUUAUAGUUUCGAAGAGACAGUUUUGAUAUUUUUAUUUUUAUGCCAAAGACAGGCUGUUUAUUUGUUCUUAGGUUUCUUUCAAACUCGUAUGUCAUAGAAAUUUACAUUUUUAAAAAACCUUCAAUGUUUUUUUUCCCUAAUGCCUCUUGACUUACGCCAUUAGUCUUCUACAGGGCUGUUCUAGGCGACAGCUGUGAUCAUUUGGUUCUCUUAUAUAGAUAUCCAGAGAGCACGUGGUUUAUAAUAACCAGACGCGUUCACAAAUCACUUCCUCUUCAUAAGAAUGGUUGGUAACCUUUUGCAGACAUCUCUAUCCUGUUAUUUCUUAUAGGAUAGCGUUAAUGGCCCUGUGCCAAACCCCCAAUCAAGAAGACUAGGAGCUAUUUUGUAAGACACAAGCAUCAGUCACCUUCAAUAAUGUGAAUUAAAAUAUUUCAAAUGUUAAGUAAUGUGCCAAUUUUGUAAAAUGGUUAUUAAUGAAGAUUAUGUACAAUUACAACUAUUAUGAUGACCUUUAAUUUGUCCAUCAAUGAGAAGGAAAACUUGGGAAAUUCCAAUAGAAAAUUUAUAAUAGACACCCUGCAGCUAUAUUUAAUGUGCAAGUGGGGAAUACCGAGUUUAAUUUAAUUUUUUCAUUGAUAAAAAACAAUAUAUAUUUCACUAAUAUGCAAUAAUUAUUGUGGUAAAGUGGAUCAGUAUUAUGAGAUCUGUCUAGAGGACACGACCAAUUCUUUUAAGAAUAGCAGAGUCAAAUUAACUGUCAGUAGCACAGGAACAAUACAACAUAUUGAGUCUAAAGUUGUCAAAUACAAAACAAAAACUCACCCUUGAUCACAGUUGAUAGAAACUCUGUGAACUGGAUGUUUAUCAAACUGAAGCCUGUUGAUUUCUUUUCUGUUUCGGAUAUCAAAAUAUAUAACCUCUCCAGCUAUAGAUCCAGCAACUACAGUAUUAUCAUCUUUCCAUGCUAUAGAUGUUAACCCAAAUUCAUGAUGUGAAAUGGCUAAAAUAAAUUAUUUAAAUUAAAAUUAAUAUCUUCAACUGUUUCAAAUAAAGGUGUAUUAAUAAACUAAUCUAACCAGAAGCUGGUUUAGACUGUUUUAAAUCCCACAGUAAAGCUGAUCCAUCCAAACUGCAAGAUGAAAAUAUAGCACCUUCUUCAGGGGAUGAACAAACACAGGUUAUUUCCAUAGAAUGGGCUGGUGAAUACUUGUGCUGGAUUUCUAAGCUGUUAUUGUCCCAAACGUUAAUCCUUAAAAACAAAAAUUUAUACGUAUACCUACUUUUAAUUUUCCAAUUUAUGUAAAUAAUUAUUCCAUGCAACUUUCUGGUUGUUGCAACUUGUGUCCCUGCAGUACACUGAUUUCCAAAGGUACAUAGUUAUAAAAAGAGAAUUGAAAUGAUAAUUUUUUUGGCUACUACUUCCAAGCGUUGCUUCACCAUGGAGCCAGAUCUUAUGAUAACAGUGUUGAUGGAAGUCCAAAAGUGGCAAGCAUAUCCGAAAGUACAAGAGCCAAAUACUCUGGUAAGGCCCCGAUCUCAACUGAAAAGGACACGUGGGGGUUGUUUAUUUCUUUUGAGGGAAGAAAGUUAAUAGCUAUAGAUUUGACUAAAGUUAAUUGAAUCCCCGAUUCUAGUUGGAAAAAAGUAAGAACUAAAACAGAAAAAUUUUAUUGGUUCAUUGGCAGUAAAAAGUAACAUGACAUAAUCCUAAAUACUGUUGUAGAUACAAGAUUUGAAACUACCAGAGAAAGGAAUUUGCAUUUUAGUUUAUUGUUGAAAAAAUCUAGUUUAAUGUUACUGUAAUCGCUUCAUGGUUUAAUUUAAUUGGAAAUAGAAGUAUAUAUAAAUGAAAUCUAUUAAUUUUCAAUUAGCUUUCAAGUUUUUGGUAUUUCAUGUAUCUCAUCAGGCCGUUACUUAACAAGAAUAAAUGUAUUAAAUUGAAUUUCCAUAAUCAUACGAAGCCUUGAAUAUUAAUGAAAUCAAACUAAACAACAAAUUUAGUACCUACCUUGCUUGUAAUGUAAAGAAACAGUAUAAGUAUUUCAGAAACAGAAUUUGUUAUUUUAAAUUAAAACAUUGGAAUAAUAAUCAGACAUGAUUUACUAUAAAGAUGUACAUUGAAUAAUAAAAUUAAUAAAUAUAAAAAAAAGAAAGAAAACGUUUUCAGAAUAAUGUAGAAUAUUAAAUAGUAUUACUUCAUAUCACUGCCUGCUGAAACUGAGUAUAGCUUAUCCUUAAGAACAGCAAUGGAAGUUAUACAACCAUCAUGCUGCGUUUCACCAUGUUGUGGUAAAAAGUGAGUCGUAUCAUCCUCAAAUUUAGCAAUUGAACAUAUUGUCACUUUGCCAGAAUCUUCUCCAAAGAUAAUCUUUUAACACAAAACAAUUGUUAACAAAAGUUCUCUUAAGAUAAUAAAGUAGAAAAGAAAAGUAAAUCACUUUAUCCCAAUUAUCCAGAAAUUUUCCAGUGGCAACACAUGAUUCACAACCAUGGCCACUAAGACUUUCUUUCUCCAAAGGUGUAACAUCUCCUGAGUCAAAAAACCAUACACUACCACUCCAAAUUUUUCCGACUAAAUUUGAGGAGCCCAGCAGAAGAUGUCCCUCUAUAAGAAGCAAACACAAUUAGUGAUAAACACCAGGCUCAGUCGACACAAUCUUUUUUGAAAAUAGUUACCUUUUGAGAAAUCAAUAAAUUCAAGAUGUGGUUCAAUGGUGAAUGGAACAACAGUAAAACUAAAUGGUUUUUUGGAAUUUGAUUUAUCUUCUAGCUGAGCAUGAUCACCUUCCUCUAAAUUCAUACAUUCAGUAUUUUCCAUUUUAAAAAGGUUUUUACAGUAAAAAUGUAUACAAGUUAAAAACAGGGUACAGAAAGUUAAAAUUAGGUAAUCUCCCGAAGCUUCAAAUGAAAGAAUAACAAAUUAGUUUAAAAAUACAACGCGAAACCAAAUGUACAGAGCCCCAAGAGACUUUUUAAAUCCUGAGCGUUCAACACUAAGUAUAAAAUAACACUACAUAUAAAAAGAAAAUGGUUUUAGUUGAAGAUAGCGCCACUGUACCAAUCUUAUAUAACCUUACUACCUACUUGGAUAGAAUUGUAAUCAGCUGAUAUUAUGUUUUCAUAAUAGUAAGCAGUAAUUUUGAAUACCUGUCGUUUAAUGACCUCCUUAUUUAUUUAUUAAAUGAAUGCUAAUACCUGAAGAUGAAUUCUGUAAUCAUAUUUGGAAGUAUUAUUGUAUUACUUCAAAUCUUUGGCAUUCAGGCUCAAUCUUAUGAAGAUGCAAGAUGUUUAUGUACUUGCACCAUCAGAAAUGGCACUCAACUGUACAAGACUUUUAAAAUUACAAACGUUCCUGAAAACAAUGAUUGUGAUGCAGUGAUUUUACCUGCAAUCGAUGAUAAAGCUGAUAACAAGGAGCUAUGUCCUCGUUGUGAGUGCAAGUAUGAAAGUAGAAAAACAACUAUAAUCAAAGUAGUUGUGGCGAUUGUUAUUUGGAUAAUCUCUUUGCUGGUAAUCUAUAUGUUUUUCUUGCUAUGCCUUGACCCGCUCCUAAAUAAACGUGCAAAAAGUAGCUAUGUGGAGCAUACCAAUGAAGAAGAUGAUACGGCUAGCGUCGGCCCUGCUGCUCCAAGCGGUUCACAUCAAAUGGGUGUUAGGGGAAACGUUCUUAACAGAGUAGGGCAUCAACAAGACAAGUGGAAAAGACAAGUUCGAGAACAACGUAAAAAUAUUUAUGAUCGUCAUACAAUGCUUAAUUAAUUGCCUUCUUAUAUUUCACUAUUAGACAAAUUUAUUGAUUUCCAACAGUAAGAAAUUUAAUGUCAGUAUUUAAAUCAAGUGUCAAAUUUUAUCUCAGUAAUUUGACAGGCGAUUCCUUAUUGAUUAAUUGUUAGGUAAUAUUAUUUUGUGAUUUUUUGAAUAAUUUUAUGAUAUGUUGUAUAUACUUAAAUAAUUUCUUUGUAGAUAUAGAUAUGUAUAAAUGUAUAAAAUAUCCUGAGGGAAAAAUGCUGGUUAUCGAAUAUUUUAGGGUGAUUAUUAAUCUCAUAUUGCAGUUCUGAACAAAUUCUGACUUUAUUUAUUUUUUAUUGUAGGUUUUAACUUCUCCAUAAUAUUUUAUUCUUUAGAAACAGUUUAAGUAUAUAUAGAGAUCCAUUCAUUGUGUACUUUAGUUACUACAGAUAUAUAUUUAAAUUUAUGGAUACGGUUAUUUCAUAAGGACUGAAUUAAGUUAAGUAUAAGGGAAACUAAAUAUAUGUUAUGUACUUUUAUUAAAUAAAUAACAUCAAUUCAA